AUCAAUAACUCAAAAUGUUCAUUGAAUUGAUUUAAAAACUACUAAGGAUAUAAAAUGCUAACGAUAUAUCCAGGAAUAUAGCCUAAACCGAUUUUCACUAUCGUAAUGAAGUUGUUUACGUUAUUUACUUACAAUGUGGAAAUUCAAUACAAAAGCUACCUUCUAUCGAAAGCAAUGUUUUUCAUACUGCUGACAAAUGGACUUAUUAUUAUCUUGCCAUUCGUUUUUGCAUACGGGGGUCGAGGGUUUUGGUUAAAGUCCCAGAGUUACUUUGAACAACCGGUGGUACAUUUUACAUACGACUACUUGGUAGUGGCUGAGACUGAUGAUCCUAGUCAGCCAAUAGUGUGUGGUAAUGACAACUAUGACCAUGAUGAAUACUGUGCUGAAUUUCAGGUGGAUGAGCAUGAUAACAAUGGUGAUGGAAAUAAUGAUGUAUUGGAGCUGAAAUUACAUCUCCAAAUUCCUCCAGUCAAGACAUUAGCUUCUAUAGUUCUAGUUUUAGGGUUGGACUUCCAAUUAAAGACUGUAUGCCCCCUUCACAUGCAGGGUUUGGCAAUAAUCACUAAGGAUUUUUUUCUACCACCCUCUGCAUUCAUUUACUAUGGAGACUUGAAAUUACAUCAGACCUCCCACUUGCCAUGUCAUCCAAAUACUAUAGAUACUAUGUACAAUACAUCUUUAUUCAGAUACUUGGAAAAGAAAGAUAAAGAUGUUGUAGAUGCUAUUUUAGAAGAUUAUUUUAUCAGAAAAGCUAUUAUUGACACUAAGACAUUACACUCUAGAAGUCAGAAUGGACAUACUGGGACAAUGAAUAUCAAAAUACGACUAAGAAUACCGGAGAACCUAGUACUGUAUACACCAAGCCUUCUGCAGGAGCUCAAAUUGGCGUGGCCACAGUAUCUAUCUAUGGCAGUAGUACUUUACUGGAUUUUCAAUAGAAUAAAAAAGUUUGUUUUCAGCAAUCGCUUACUGAUGGCAUGGGAAGUAGUUACGUGGAAGAAACUUUAACUACAAAGCUGU